CACGGAAGUUUGAAUAUGGCUAGAGGAGAAAUAUCCAAUCAAACUGCAGAUUUCAUCGUGAUACAAAGUGACGUACACGCGCCAGAAUUAAAAGGAACUGAAAUGCUUGUAAAAGAUUUCAAAAGGGAUUUUUACGAUGCAAUUCAGCAUCAGCGUGUUCUCGUUCUGGUUGCCUUUGAUGUUGAUGCCCUUUGUGCCAGCAAAAUACUUCAGUAUCUACUGCAGUGUGAUCAUAUAGUCUAUACUAUUGUUCCUGUGUCUGGUUGUGAGGACCUGGAGAGAGCUUUUGUGGAGAAUUCAGAAGGGAUACAGCAUGUGGUGAUGAUCAACUGUGGUGCCACCAUUGAUGUGGUGGAGGUGUUGCAGCCUGAUGACAACAUCUGCUUUUAUAUCUGUGACAGUCAUCGACCUGUGGAUAUCCACAACAUGUACAACGUCAUUCAGGUCAAAUUAUUGAUGAAACCUGAAGACCUCACUGAGGUUCCUUCCUAUGAUGAAGUUUUUCGAGAUGAUGAAUCUGAGGAAUCUGGUGAGGAGAGUGACUCAUCAGAAAGCAGGAAGAAAAGGCGCAGAUUUGAUGAUGAAGCUAUUCUAAAGAGACAAGAUCGACGUAAAUGGGAAGAAAAUAGGAAUAAGGUCCUUUUUGACUACACCAAGUUCACAUCCUAUGCUACUUCAGCAUCACUGAUAAUGUUUGAGAUCGCCUGGAAAAUGUCAAAAGACACAAAUCAUCUUGUCUGGCUGGCUGUUAUUGGUGUGACUGACCAAUACGUGCAUUUUAAGACACCACGAGACAAGUACAUGGAAGCUGUCAUAGCACUGCAGUCUCAUGUCUCACGGCAUAACCACAGGGUAGAUGGUGCUGACAAUGUUUUGUCCAUCAACUGCCUGCGUAUUGCAUUUGAUGAGGAGCUGCAGCUGCUGUUGUACAGACACUGGUCACUGUUUGAAAGUCUGUGUCAUUCUCUCUCUACCGCCUGCAAGUUCAAAGUGUGGACACUUAAGGGGCAGAAACGUCUGCAUGAAUUUCUGGCAGAGAUGGGCAUGCCCCUGAUUCAAUGCAAGCAACAGUUUGGUGCCAUGGACGCCAGUCUCCGCACAGGGGUCAAGGCCAUGAUGCAAGAGCAUAUAGCCAAAUAUGGCCUGACGAUGCAGGACAUAGUGGUGCCAUCAUUCACAGCACAGUGUGGAUACAAGACACGCUUAUCUGCAACAGACGUGGUGUUGGCUUGUGUGGCUGUUCUGGAAGCUGUUGACAGGAAUAAGCUGCCAUCAGAUAACUUCCUCAGUGCUCAGGAUAUCCUUAGCAGCUAUCACACAGAGGCCAUUGACAAGGCCAUACAGUUGGCCAAGCGACAGUUGACAGCACUAGUGACUCAAGUACAGACCUUUCUCGACAUGCAUCAGAUUAUUUCUGCUGGGCCCUUCCUCUAUGUCUUUGUUAAUGAGGGCACAGUGGACAUGAAGUACUUCUCCCAGCCACAGUGUCUGACACGACUGGCCAGAUUCACCCUGGAGGCACACUGUGCUUUGAGUCGCAGCAAGCGAGCUACCAGUCUGCCCCUGGUCUUGGGGACACCACUGCUUGCUGAUCUUGGUGCUACGCUGGUCAUUGGCAUUCCCCCACUCAGCACUGAUGAUGAGAGGAAAAAUUUCUUUGGCAAAGCUUUUGAGCAGGCGGCAGUAUCUACCAGCUCAAGGAUACGUCAAGACAACUUUGAUUCCCACAUUAUAGAGAUGAAGACAGAAGACAGAAGCAAGUUCUUUGAUGCCCUAAUCAGCCUUCUUCAGUGAUACAGCUACUGUGGAAAAAAAAUCCUGACUCUAGAUCUUCAACAGCAGCAUUCAACUUUGACCUGCAGCACUUUGAACCCCUGUCACUUUAUGUGUCGUGUGCAAACUAGAUGACAAGCCAGCCUGGGUCUUGUUAGACUGCCAUCUUGCGUGCAAGCUUGCAUCUCCUUACAGUACACUGGAAUUAUCUAUCGCUUUGCGCCAUCCCUUGUUUACAGUAGCCUUUCACCCUCUUUGCUUGCAUGACUACAGCACAAAAAAAAACUCAAUGUGAUAUCAUUUUUAAACUUUUAUUUGUAACUACCUUCCACAGAUUCUGUACUAUAAACACAGUAUUGUAAAUAUUGUAUAAUUAUUGAAUAUAGGACACCAUAUCUACCACAUACAUUUGUUCGAGUGGCUCCAAGCAUUUAACUGUUUAAAUGCUUUUAUUUUUCAAAAACAAAUUCCAUGAAGUGUGUGUGCAUGCCAAAUUCAUUUUUGUAAAUAACUCUUUUCCCCAUUUUGAUUGUGCCAUCAUCAAUAUGCUUAAAACUGAUCAUACUGGCAGACUGAACAAAGGUCUUGCUGCCCAAAAAACA